CAUCACCACGCGGUUGCAAAGAUGAGUCUCGCAGAAUGGGCGCUUCCGCAGCUCUCGAAGCUGCUUCCUCUGGACAACGAUUCCUUGGGGCAGAUCAUCUCCUACACCGAAUCGUUACCAAACAGAGAAGCGGCGGAUCACCUGCAGAACAUGCUAGGUGACAGCCCUCAGGCGCUGGAAUUUAUCACAUCCUUUAACAACAGGAGGAGACCGAACGGGCCGGCUGCGACAGCACAGCCUGCGUCUUCAAAUUCCUCUGAAGUGCCUAAGCCCAAGCCGCGAAAGAAGAAACAGGCUGGCCUGGGCAAGCCGUUACCGGCGCGACGGGUUGACGAUGCAGGCAAUCUAGCGGGUGCAUACAUGAAGAAAGAUGAGGACGACUACAUGGCUGGGGCUUCGAGACAAAAAGCUCCAAAGUCAAAUGCCUUCGGGUUGUCACAAAAGCCGGACGCUCUGCAGUUGCCAACGGCUACAUCGUCUGGAACGGCGACGCCAAAAUCACGCGGAGUCUCACCGGCACCUCAGGCAAAUAGACUCCCACCAUCAGCCGCAGGCCAGCUUAUCUCUGAGGUCAAAUCUACUCGAAACUCAUCGCCGAAACCGAAAGCAAAGAUCACCGUGGCUGGAGGUACUCCCAUGCAUGGCGCAUCUACAGCACUGAGUGACCUUGAGAGUGCGAUCAGAACCCUUGAGAUCCAGACAAAUCCUUCAUUAUCUGCCCAAGACAGCAGUAAACGGAAGUGCAACUGCAUGGCUACGCGACAUCCGCUUCUUGGGGCAGCACCAAAUUGUCUAAACUGUGGCAAAGUCAUCUGCGUGAAAGAGGGUAUCGGACCAUGCACAUUCUGCAACACGCCGCUGCUCAGCGCCGACGAGACUCAAUCAAUGAUUCGUAUUCUACGUGAAGAGCGAGGAAAGGAAAAGAUGGCUGCGAACAAUGCAGGUCAAAAGCGCGCAGAGGUUGCACAUGCCCCUCGGCCGUUCUCAACACCGAAAUCGUCUGCGCCGAACUCCGACAUCGACUCCGAGAACGAGAAGCUGGCGAAGGCUAAGCAGCACCGCGACAAGCUCUUGGCUUUUCAAGCACAGAACGCGAAGCGAACACAAGUUCAUGACGAAGCAGCUGAUUUCGAAACAACCACUGCUGGCCUGAGCAUGUGGGCAUCUCCACAGGAACGUGCGAUGCAACUCAAGCGUCAACAAAAAGCCCUGAGAGAACAAGAAUGGAAUGCACAGCCCGAAUACGAGAAGCGGAAGGUUGUUGCAAGUAUUGAUCUAGCAGGGGGGAGGAUCGUGAAGCGCAUGGCUGCCGCAGAGCGACCAAAGACACCCGAGAGCGAAGAUGAGCCAUCUGGGCCUACACAGCAUUACGAGACUGGUGCUAUAUCGAAGGGAAGCGGUGCUUUCAGCAGGAACCCACUUCUCGGCGCCCUGAUCCGCCCCACAAUUACGAUCGAAAACAAAGGCAAAGACAAACAAGCCGAGAAGAAACAAACCUGGAGAAGGGUUCAAGACGACAAUGAUGACAACGAGCAGUGGAUUCUAGACGGUGGUGUAUAUGGCGGGAAAAAUGAGACUGGGGAACCAGAAGCGGGUCACUGAGUGUGCAUGAAAGUGUUCAUCAUUGAACUCAAAUCAGUAGACCAUCAUCUUGCCAAUGCCUAACUCGUAGGUUCAACAAAUGAUAUGCUGGUUUGGUCAGACGCUUUCCAGGAGAGAUGACCUUGACAACACGGCGUCUACGCCGAUGUGCGCUCCUCGGUCUGCCUCGGGAAUGCUUCUGUACUGGAACCAACUUUGAUCAAGGAGGCGAAGUCAAACGUCAGGCAAAAGUGAGCUGCUGUCAGAUCCGAUAGUCGGGUGGCGGGGCGUCGAUCGGCUACAGCACGGCAGUCGGCCGCAGCC